AUGUGCAACGGGGGAGAUAUCAGCCAGUUUGACAAAGCGUUGGAUAACAAAGAAAACUUCUACAUUGUUGACGCACGUAUUAUGGAAUGGUGUUCAGUCUAUAAGAUCCUUCUGGCAGAAAAAUACAUCGAGGCUUUCAAAUGGCCAGAUCUUAGUAGCAAAGUGGAACACAAUACCCUUGAUAAACAGAUUGUUGAAGCCGAUUUAGUGAGCUGUAUGAACUCCAUCGAUAAAGCGGGGAUGCCCAAAGAUACUGUUAGUGAUGGACUCAUACAUCUCGACGUGAAUUCAACGUUUACGGAAGUAGUGUAUCGUAGCUAA